AUGACCAAUUACACCAUGGUGACUGAGUUUCUCCUCAUGGGAUUCAUUAAAAAGGGAGAAAUAAGGUUCCUACAACCUAUGUUCUUUCUUCUGAUGUACUUGGCCACCUUGUUAGGGAAUCUUCUCAUCGUCACCGCUACUACAUUUGACCAGAACCUUCACACGCCCAUGUACUUCUUCCUCAGGAACCUGUCCAUCUUAGAUGUGUGCUACAUUUCUGUGACUGUCCCCAAUGCCUGUAUCAACUCCCUCACUAACAACAGGGCCAUUUCAGUGGCUGGCUGUGCAGCUCAGAUCUUCCUGGUCAUUUAUUGUGCAUAUGUAGAGUUUCUCUUCCUCACCGUCAUGGCCCAUGACCGCUAUGUGGCCAUCUGCCAGCCCCUCCUCUACCCCGUCAUCAUGAACCAAAGAUUCUGUGUCUGGGCAACACUGUUCUCCCUGCUCAGUGGCCUCAUCUAUGCAGCUGUGCACACAGGUAACACAUUCCGGCUGUCCUUCUGUCAGUCCAACGUGGUCCAUCAGUUCUUCUGUGACAUCCCCUCUCUGCUGAGGCUCUCCUGCUCUGACACCUUCAACAAUUUCCUCUUACUUUUUAUCUCUGCUAUUGUGGUUUGUGGUGGCUGCUUUUUUUUAAUCAUCAUGUCCUACAUUCACAUAUUUUCCACUGUGCGGAAGUUUCCAACCAGAGAGCGAGGCAAGGCCUUUUCCACGUGUGUCCCUCACAUCCUGGUGGUGUCUGUCUUCCUCAUCACCGUAACCUAUGUGUACCUGAAGCCUUCCGUAGCAUCUGAAACCAUCCAGGACAUGAUUCUAUCUUCAUUUUACACCAUAGUCCCUCCAUUCUUGAAUCCCAUCCUUUACAGUCUUAGAAACAAACAGGUCAAGGAAGCUGUAAGAAAAGUACUAAUAAACUUUUUUUCUCAUAAGUAA